AUGGGACAAGGACAAGCGACUACGGAAGCUGAAAGCCAAUUACGUAGCAAUUCAACGACGAACCCGAAGAGCAGCAUAGACCUUCUGAGAAACUAUGAGAUCGCUCAAGGAACGCGACAAGCGCUGCGUACCUUCUACUCAUCAGAGAUCGAGCUGAAAAAUGAGAAAAAGCUUCGAAUCAUGGAGGCAAAGGCUUACCGAAAAAUCCUGGCCGACGAACGGAAGUCCAUAUUGCAAGCAGCUGGCAAGAAGGCCAAACACGCGAUUUUAUGUAUUGGCACCCAAGGAACCGGCGUUGGUUCCCCCAUCAAGGGCCGUGCUAAAUAA